GAGCGCUGGAUGAAUAUAUCGCCGUCCUCGCGGCAGGGAGCAGCAGGAGGAUGUGAAAUUUCUACAUUUUCAAGUUUGACGCUGAAAGGAAGCAGAAGCCGGAUUCAGCGGCUUCUCUCACAGGUGCUGCUCGGUUCUGCAGCCGUCUGACAACAAAACUGCCUCAUUUUUAAUGAGUUGGUUUUAAGAGCUGCUGUCCAUCCGUCCAGCGAGCCGUAGACAGACACAGUCAUGAUGGAGUCUAUUUUAGACAGUUUGACGGCUGAGAAACUCUAUCCGUCCGGGGGACCCAACCUGUUGGACCUGGAGGAACUCAGCGACGGAGAUUUCCUCACUAACGUGCCUUUCUCAGGUGACCAGAUGGACGACUUCAGCAGUGAACUGUUCAACAGUUUCUUUGACGACCAUGUGUUAGAGCGACCCCUAUUGGCAGACAGACCUUCACUUUUACACAUCGACAUGGACAGCAGCCCAGAUAUUCAAGCAGAGCACAGCUACUCUCUGAGCGAAGACUCCGCCCCCCAGAGUCCUGCCCUGUCAAUCAAAAUGGACCAAGAGUCUGAGUUCGAAUGGAGCUUCAGUCAGGACCUGUCAGCCAUCUUAGUGAAACAAGAGGAGCCUGAUGUGGGUCAGAGGUUAGAUCCUCAGCCUCUGGAAGGCCCGCCUCUCAUAUUAAGUCCCGCCCCACCGCACAGAGGAUCACCAUGGAAACAUACGGAGCGCUGUCAAGAUGAAGCGAAGCCAGUAGCUGUAAAAGAUGAACCCAGAGAGAUUGGACAGUACCUCAGCCUGCCCAGCGACGAUGCUCUCCAGCUCCCGCCCACUCCUCCCAGCAGUAACCACGGCGACAGUGACGGCUCCCUCCCACCCUCCUCCCCCCACCUCCCUCUGCCACCGUCGUCCCCACAGCCACAACAGAGACCGGGAGGUCGCGCCUCUUCCUCCUCCUCCUCUUCAGCCAUCUCCUCCUCACCUCUCCUCACUGCGCCACAUAAACUACAGGGUUCAGGACCCCUUAUGUUGACAGAAGAAGAGAAGAGGACCCUGGUUGCAGAGGGUUACCCAGUACCUAACAAACUUCCACUCACAAAAAGUGAAGAGAAGGCACUGAAGAGAGUCCGGCGGAAGAUUAAAAACAAGAUCUCAGCUCAGGAGAGUCGGAGAAAGAAGAAAGAAUAUGUGGAGUGUCUGGAGAAAAAGGUGGAGAGUUACACGUCAGAAAACAGCGACCUGUGGAGGAAAGUAGAAAACCUGGAGACUGCCAACAGGUCCCUCCUACAGCAGCUCCAGAAGUUUCAGUCGCUGAUUUCAGGGAAAGUCGUCCCCCGUUCUUGUAAAAUGGCCUCAACUCAAACAGGAACAUGCCUCAUGAUGGUGGCGCUGUGUUUCGUCCUGGUGUUGGGCUCCUUCUCCCCAUGCUUCUCCCCACUCUCCUUGCUCACUCACACCUCCACCUCUUCCUCUCACGCCUCCCCAUCCUCUCAUCCUUCUCCGUCAGCGGACCUCUACGCCACCAGUCAGGUCCGUUCCCGUAGCCUUCUCUUCUACAGCGAAGGGUCUCCACUGGAGGAGAGUUUAGUGCCUUCAGAAGGGGAGAGGCUACAGUCAGAAGGACACUCUCACAUCCAGACGAGCCGAUAUACAGCUGAAGCCCAAAGCAACCAGACCAGUGGGCCCAAAUCAGACCGGAGAGAAACAAAACCAGACGGGGUGUCAGAGUUUUUCUGACACAGCCUGACCCCUCCUCCCAUGACUUCUCACCCCUAAAAAGCCCUGAAAUGCUCCGGAUCGCUGAAAUCAGCCGGCUUCAUCUCAGCACCCAGCUGGACCUAAACCUGCAUCUACAUUUCUCCUGUCUCCAUCCAUCAUCAUCCCUUCUAAUGAGCUUUGAGACUCUGCGGUCCUCCCAACCUCCUCAUCUGGUAUCCUGCCUGUACGUAGUGCUCCUUCACUUCGCUGUUAUACUUGAAUGUCGGUUUUAAAUGGACCUUCUUGUUGGAAUUUUAAUUUUUCUGCACUAAAAAGCUGGUAUCAUUUAAAAUAUCCAAUCUUUAGUUUGUAUUUCAUGAGACACAAUUUAUUGCAAACAUAGUAGCCUUAAUUAAACUUUAAUCAAAGAAGCUCUAAAUUCUAUGCGAUAAUUUACAGAUUUGAUGUAUUUUAAUAAAAUAAUUCCUUAGAUCAAAACUCAGUUUCCCAGACAACAGAGAGAUAUGAACCUCGAGAGAUGCUCAUGUAUACAAAAUAGUCUUAUCGUUAGAACAGGCAAACACAGCAGCUGAGGAGCAUUAAGAGAAAUGUUAGACACCUUUAAGAACUCAUGGACAUGAAUACAUGUAUAAUAUGGAAACUUAAUAGACCUCCACUGUGGGAUUCUAGUUUUAGCAUGCGGUGCUUGUAUUUUACUUCCAAGGCACUUUGGGUGCUCUACAAGGGAUCAGUGCUUUAUUUUUUUAACCCAUCACAUACAUUAUAUUAACAAAGGGCUGCAACUAACUCAUUUUGGUCAUCAGUAUUGUUAUAGAAAAUCGUGAAAAAUGUCUCAAAUGAUUUGCCCCAACAAUUACUCAAAACCUUCACUUCUGAAAGAUGAUGAAGAAAAAUAGCAAAUUGCUACAUUUGAGGAGCAGGACCCAGAAGAUAAUUGGCAUUUUUGCUUGAUAAUUGACUUACAUAUGAGCACAACAUGUUAGUACUGCUAACUAGACUAGCUGGUGUUUUGAAAAUGAUUUAAAAAGGAAACUGUGCCAUUUUAAAAGUGCCUUCAAGUUGCUUGAGUCGCCCACAGACCUGGAAAUGUUCCUCUGUCUGUUUAAAUCAGGGCUGGCCUCAGUCUUCUGAGACCUUCUAAGGGACAUUUUGCCCAUUUGUCAUCGGAAAUUUGAUGAAUGUUGAGGAUUUAUCAGUGCGAGACCUUUUACUUCACAUACCUAUUUAUGGGUUUGGAGGCACAGCAGUCGCCUGACGAAGAUCUCUGUUAAAAUAAAUUCGCUCCCAGCAUAAUCUUUUUGUCUGAAUUUUACAAGAAGACAUGUUAUUUUUCAACUUUUUAAAUCCAUCUCUGAAGUUAAAACUAGUUUUUCACUUACACUUCUGACCAAAAUUCUGCUUCCUUUCUGUGGGGUAGACCAUAUUUUCAUACCAAGGGACCAUAAAGAGGUUGGGAAACAUGGCAUAAAAGUAUUUUUAUGGAAAUAUAAAUUGUAUAUGUAAUAUAUUUGCAGCAUCAAAAAAGAGCAUAUUUAAUUUAUGCAACAAAAAAAGAAAUUCUGAACUUGUUUUUAAAGUUAGUUUAUCUUAUUGUCGUUUUUUUUUUAAAUAAUGCUUCAAAAAAAACAAAAAUAUACCUUGUAAUAUAUUCUGAGCAUCAAAAAAGAGCAUAUUUAUUUUAUGCAAAAAAAAAAGAAAAGAAAUUGUAUGUUGUGUAUCGGCAAUUAGGAUGAUGUGCAGUUUUACGUGAUGGUGUGUCGUUCACAUGCUCAUUCAUCGAGUGUAAAGCUUUGACAUGAUCUGUUUGUGUCUUUUAACUGUAAUACAGUGUUUAUGUUUCACUGCUGUCGCAUGAAAAUCUCUUCAUUUUGUCCCUCUGGAUUUAAAAAUGUCUUCACAUUGUGCAAUUGAACCAUAAAAAACACCCUUAAGAUUAUGUCUCUUGACUCAAAAAACAAAAUAAAUGUAUUAUAGAUAAAAAAAAAAACAAAACAAAAAUCAUGAAGUAUAUCAACAGUGAUCUAAAUGUCCUCAUGCGGCAGCAGUGUAUGUUGUAUUUAUUCCUGUUUUGUAGAAAGUGUGUAUAUAUUGAUGAAGCCAAUCAGGGGACUAAUAGAUUCCAGGAAGUAAAAUACCACUAGUUCCACAAUUUGAUUAAAAAGUCUGUAUUUCUUUACCACUAUUCUAAUAGAAACAGCAGUGCCCCCCAAAAAAAUUCUAUACAUGUCAUGGUAUUCCUUCAAGCUAUAAAAACAGACAGUUCUGACUUCUAAAAACCUCCAAAAUCUUAAUAUGACGGUUAUCACAGGUCAUCUGCUUUUCUUACUUGUGUUUGUAUCCGUUUCAUUUUACGCGUUUCUCUUUUUUUAUUUUAAUUUUACACGAAAAAAUCAUGUGACUGCAGCCCGUUGCACAAACAUCCCGUCAUUCUCUUCACCCAUAACAGUCUUAACGCACCAGUGUACAUAAAUAAUUACAACUUAAAUGUGCAGUUGUUGUAAAUAAGGGCCUUGUUUUUUGUAUUGUGACAUAAUCCAAGAUUUUAACCUGUGGAAUCUCAUGGAAGAAGGCAGGGAAAGCGGUGGAUUUCUGGGGAGGAAAGUGGGGUGGGAUUGAAAAAAAAAAAAAAAAGGGAAUGAGGGUGACUUUUUCCACUUGUAAAGAAACCUGGAUGACACAGCAGCUGCACACACUUUGAAUAGUUGUAAAACACCCGGAAGGUGCUUGUUUAUUCCAACCUCUCCAUAAAGAUUUGGAAAAACUGAAUGUCCUGAGAGAAUAGUCAAGCACUUUCCAGGGAGUUGAGUUAUUUGAAAUGUGUUUGGACAUGUCAUCUUGGUUUGUUGUAUAGCGUCCUGCAUGUUCCUCCAUAUACAACUAUGUUAUCUUAGUAUAGUCGGUAGAGUAGAAACCAGCAAAAUAUUAAAAAACUGCAUCAGCAA